AUGAGUGGUGCACCCAACGCAUCUGGGGGAUAUUCAGGGUCAGGCUACGCCGGUAGUAGUAGAGGCGGAGGCCCACCAAGAUCCUUCGAAGAUCGUGCCGCCGCUAAAGAACAAAUGAUGCAAUCCGUGCGCGAUUCAUCCCAACAAGACCGCCGAGUCUAUGUUGGCAAUUUGGCCUACGAUGUCAAAUGGCAUCACUUGAAAGAUUUCAUGAGACAGGCUGGAGAAGUUCUCUUUGCCGAUGUCUUGCUACUUCCGAAUGGAAUGUCGAAGGUGGGCGCCAUUGUGAUUGUGGAAUACGCGACUAGGGAACAAGCCCAGCAAGCUAUUCAAACACUCAGCAAUCAGAGCCUUAUGGGCCGUCUGGUCUAUGUCCGAGAAGACCGCGAGACCGAACCUCGAUUCACCGGUCCGCCAAGUCGUGGUGACUUCGGCGGCGGCCCUCGAGGCGGCUAUGGCGGCGGCUAUGGCAUGGGCGGUGGUGGAGGUGGAGGUGGCGGUGGCGGUGGCCGUCAACUCUAUGUUUCCAACCUUCCUUUCAAUGUCGGCUGGCAAGAUCUGAAAGACCUUUUCCGCGGUGCUGCCCAGGAAGGACAGGUCGUUCGUGCUGAUGUCCACAUGGAUCCCACGGGGCGUCCCAAAGGAACCGGCAUUGUUGCCUAUGAAUCCCCUAAUGAUGCACGCAAUGCUAUUCAGCAGUUCAAUGGUUACGAUUGGCAUGGCCGUGCUCUCGAAGUCCGAGAAGACCGAUAUGCAAGCAGUGGACCCAUGGGAUAUGGUGGUGGCCGAGGUGGAUUCCAAGGUGGUUAUGGAGCACGCGGAGGUUUCGGUGGUGGCCGGGGAGGCUAUAGCGGCCGUGGAGGCUUCGGUGGUGGCCCCGGCUACUCUCGUGGAGGCUAUGCAGGAGGAGGAGGCUACGGUGGUGGUGGCGGCGGCGGCGGGUAUGGCGGCAGUGUCCAGGAACAGGCUCCGCCCAACCCUUUCACCGACUUCGCAACGUCAGGGGGGGAGAGAAGCACAAUCAUCUAUGCCCGAAAUCUGCCCUGGUCGACCAGUAAUGAUGACUUGAUCGAACUCUUCACCACUAUCGGCAAAGUCGAGCGAGCUGAAAUCCAGUAUGAACCCAAUGGACGCUCACGAGGAACAGGAGUUGUUGAAUUCGAUACUGCCGAGAAUGCUGAGACAGCGAUCUCGAAAUUUACAGGAUACAUGUACGGCGGCCGUCCUCUUGGUUUGACUUAUGUCAAAUAUACGAAUGCCAACGGACAAGAUGUGAUGGAGGGCCAAGAGGCCACCGCUGGGAUGACACAAGACCAAAUGAUGUGA